UCGUGUGAGUGUGAGUGUCAGUGCUGCUGGUUUAUAAAAAUAUUUAAACAAAAUCAUCUGCGCAGGCAGCAGACGAAAACGCAGACGCUCGAAAAGGCUGAGCAGACAGAUAAACAACACGGUCGGCGCUUGCUCUCUGGUGACGGUGACGCGGCAAGGUGCUGGAGGUCACUCUCGGCACAUUUCGCGCACGGCCGUUCUGUUCGUCAUCGGCCCCCCGCAGCGCCCACCCCCGCGCGUACGCCCGGUCGCAUCCAGUUCCAUCCGCCCGCGUCCGCAACGUGGGGCCGCGAUCUCAAACCUCACACCACACCACACACUCACGAGGCGGAAGAGCAAAGAGUGUGGAAAAGUGAAGUGAAGAGGAACCAAAAAGCGAAAAAACAAUAGCCACUCACGCGCUUCUCUUUAUUGUUGGUCCCCAUCCCCAUCUCCAUUCCCAUCCCCACUGAUAAACGGCUGCUAUCGUUGAUAAAUAUCCGAGGCACACAAACACCAAUUAUUCCAAUCAAAUAAACGGCAAGUGCGAAUGCGCCCUCGAUUUGUAUGCCAGCAGCAGCAGCAGCAGCACUCGACCCCCCAUUCCCAUACCCAUAGUCAUAGCCAUCAUACCCAUAGCAGCGCCACUGACGUCAGUGGCUUGACUUGGGAUCGGAAUCUGAAUCGGCAGCAGCGUUAUCGUUAUCCGAACAUGGUUGUGCCGGAGGAGCCGGGCUCGGGGGGCUUUAAUCAAACCCCACUAUCGGAGCUAAGUGCGGAUACGCGCAAUCAACUGGCCCGCAUGCUCAACCGCAAAAAGGUACUCCACUCGGAGGAGGGUUACGAGCGGGACUGGCGGGGCAUCGCCGCCCUGGCCCACCAGCGCGGCUUCGUCGAGGAAUAUGCAAACAAUCCAAUGGAUCUGGUGCUUAGCAGCUGGAGUCAGCGGAAUCCAGAAACGGCCAAGGUCGGUCACCUGGAGCACUUCCUGGGCAUCAUCGAUCGCUGGGAUGUGUGCGACGACAUCCAGGAGAAUCUAACCAAGGACACCAGGCGCUACAAUGUGAGGCAGGAGCAGCAGCAGGCUCUGGUGGAAGCCCACCGCCCGCCUACUGUCAUAGAGACCAACAACAACAAGAGCAGCACCAACAAUACCAACACUAACAACAUCACAGUGGGUCAGAGCGUCCAGAUCCUGAGCGACGAUGACCAGAGAUGCGUGCAGAUGGGCCAGCCCCUGCCCAGAUACAACGCCUGCGUCUUGUACGCGGAGGCGGACAUCGACCACGCCACGGAGAUCAUGAACCACCUGGAGUCCGAGCGAUACAAUCUCAAGCUCUUCCUGCGGCACCGCGACAUGCUAAUGGGAGUGCCCUUCGAGCACGUGCAGCUGUCCCACUUCAUGGCCACCCGCUGUAAUCACUUGAUCGUUGUGCUCACGGAGGAGUUUCUCCGGAGUCCAGAGAACACGUACCUCGUCAACUUCACCCAAAAGAUACAGAUCGAGAAUCACACGCGCAAGAUCAUCCCCAUUCUGUACAAGCCCGACAUGCACAUACCGCAGACGCUGGGCAUAUACACUCACAUCAAGUACGCCGGCGACUCCAAGCUAUAUAAUUUUUGGGACAAGCUGGCCCGGUCGCUGCACGACCUGGACGCCUUCUCCAUAUACUCGACGCGGCAGUUGAAAACACCCUCGCCGACGGAGGAGGUGCCGCCUCAGCGGGUGACCACGCCCAACAUACGGAUACAGAUCAACGACAAAGACGUCACCGAUUUGCCCAACUACAGCUACAAGGCCAUUGAGGAGGACGCCACAAUUGUGUCGAUGACAGGCGACACCAGUGCCCCGCUGCCGGAGCCAAAGCCGAAGCGGAAGGACAAGUUGUUUGGCAAAAUAAAGAUUAGUUUUGGCAAGACGCCGCGUAACCUGAACGGCACUACCGGCAAACCGUUGCGGCAUGCGCACUCAAUUAGCACCAUCAAUGUCACGGAGCGCGAGCGCACGCUCAGCGCCAGCAGCUCAAACAUCUCCACGACGUCGGAGAGCAAGAAGAGCUCCAUCAAGUGGCAGCCCAGUAUACUGAAGAAGGUGCUGUUCUCGCGCAGCAGCAGCAAGCUGCAGACCCCGGGGUGAGCUCCAAGCGGCUGGGAUCAGCAGAGCAGCUCAUUUAAUUCAGAAAUUCCCUAUUCUUGCGCCCAGUCCGGGGGUCCAAAAUCCAAUCCAGCCCAGUCAACGUCGUCACCCUCCAUGUUUUAGUGAUAAUCUCUAGUGUAAUCCUAAUCAAAGCCAACUAACUUAAUAUACUUAGACGCACUUGUUAACUUAUAUAAGACAACAACGAAUAAAGACAAUACCGUAUACAUACAUACAAACAAAAA